UGUCGCUUUAAUUGAGGAGCUUUGCAUAUUCCAGUAGGUGCCGCGCGCUAAAGCCUCAGCCAAUCGGGGGGAGCCUCUCCAUCCAGCCAUUGGCUCGGUUUCCGUGGCAGCCCUGCGUCCGUCCACGGGGGUUUGCUCUCGUCCUCCGCCGCGCUCCUCUCGCCCCGUUCAGCGCCCGCGGUCGAGUAGAAACGAGCCGUCGCCGGGGUCCGUCCGUCGACCGCCGUCUCCGAGCAACGUCCACGGGAGCCUCGUCCCCGCAGAAGCUGGGAGUGGGAGGGGGGGCGGGCUGCCAGCAUCGCUGCGGCUGCAGCUGCGCUGUAUCCAGGGCUGUCAGGUGCACGAGAGUGAGAGAGGGAGAGAGAGAGCGAGAGAGAGAGAGGGAGGGAGAGCUAUAGCGAGAGAGAGAGAGGGAGGAGGAGAGCUAUAGCGAGAGAGAGAGAGAGAGAGAGAGGGAGAGAGAUAGGGAGAGACAGCAAGAGAGAGAGAGAGGAAGAGAGCGCGAGAGAGAGAGUGGUGGGGAGGGGGACAGCAGUCGAGCAGUCGACCCAUUCGGUAACUUACCAGUGAUGGAGAGCCAAGGGGACUGUCGCACGUCGGAUCAAACUUAAAGGAAGGAAGCAGUUUGGCUUUAUCGGACCGAGGCAGCAGGAGCGAUCCUUCUAAAAGGACGAAGAGAAGAGACGCACGAGCAAGGGGAACGAAAGAAGGGAGUGAGGUGGAGGACGAAUAAAGUGAAUUCACUCUGAAAAGAUUGAGCUAAUAAAAAAUAAUAAAUAAAAGAGGAAUCAAGUGCCUGGCUGCCACUUUUUUUCCUCCCCCUCUCUGCUUUUUGCAAGACUGUCUUGUCCUGUUCCCUUUUUUUUCCUUCCGGAAAGCUCUUCUCUGUAUGCCGCUCCGCUGCUCUGCAGGUGCCGGGACUCAUGGUGGAUGCCAAGGGACGGAACAUGAAAUGUCUGACUUUCUUCUUGAUGCUUCCAGAGUCGGUGAGAAUCAGGUCGAAUAAGGGGCCCAAGAAGGGCAGCCCCACAAACUCCAAGCUGCCCCCCGUCUGCUAUGAGAUCAUCACCCUGAAGACCAAGAAGAAGAAGAAGAUGGCUGCGGAGAUCUUCCCCACCAAGAAGCCGGCCACGGCGGCGUCGGCGUCGACCACCACGGUCCAGCAGUACCAGCAGCAGAACCUCAACAACAACAACACCAUCCAGGGCUGCAACUGGCAGGGGCUGUACCCCACUAUCCGAGAGAGGAAUUCCGUGAUGUUUAACAAUGAGCUGAUGGCAGAUGUUCACUUUGUUGUGGGCCCACCUGGGGGGACUCAGCGCCUACCCGGACACAGAUACGUCCUGGCCGUGGGAAGCUCCGUGUUCCACGCCAUGUUUUACGGGGAGCUGGCGGAGGACAAGGACGAGAUACGGAUCCCCGACGUGGAGCCGGCCUCCUUCCUGGCCAUGCUCAGGUACAUAUAUUGCGACGAGAUAGACCUGUGCGCGGACACGGUCCUGGCCACCCUGUACGCCGCCAAGAAGUACAUCGUGCCCCACCUGGCGCGGGCCUGCGUCAACUUCCUGGAGACCAGCCUGAGCGCCAAGAACGCGUGCGUGCUGCUGUCGCAGAGCUGCCUGUUCGAGGAGCCCGACCUGACGCAGCGCUGCUGGGAGGUGAUCGACGCCCAGGCCGAGCUGGCGCUGCGGUCCGAGGGCUUCUGCGACAUCGACGCGCAGACGCUGGAGAGCAUCCUGCUGCGGGAGACGCUCAACGCCAAGGAGCUGGUGGUGUUCGAGGCGGCGCUGAGCUGGGCCGAGGCCGAGUGCCAGCGGCGGGAGCUGCCGCCGUCCAUCGACAACAAGCGCAAGGUGCUGGGCAAGGCCGUCUACCUGAUCCGCGUGCCCACCAUGGCGCUGGACGACUUCGCCAACGGCGCGGCGCAGUCGGGCGUGCUGACGCUCACCGAGACCAACGACAUCUUCCUGUGGUACACGGCGGCCAAGAAGCCCGAGCUGCAGUUCGCCAGCGAGCCGCGCAAGGGGCUGUCGCCGCAGCGGUGCCACCGCUUCCAGUCCUGCGCCUACCGCAGCAACCAGUGGCGCUACCGGGGCCGCUGCGACAGCAUCCAGUUCGCCGUGGACAAGCGCGUCUUCAUCGCCGGCUUCGGGCUCUACGGGUCCAGCUGCGGCUCGGCCGAGUACAGCGCCAAGAUCGAGCUCAAGCGGCAGGGCGUGGCGCUGGGCCAGAACCUCAGCAAGUACUUCUCGGACGGGUCCAGCAACACCUUCCCGGUGUGGUUCGAGUACCCGGUGCAGAUCGAGCCCGACACCUUCUACACGGCCAGCGUGGUGCUGGACGGCAACGAGCUCAGCUACUUCGGGCAGGAGGGCAUGACCGAGGUCCAGUGCGGGAGGGUCACCUUCCAGUUCCAGUGCUCCUCGGACAGCACCAACGGGACGGGCGUGCAGGGGGGGCAGAUCCCCGAACUCAUCUUCUACGCCUGAAGACCCCCCCCCCUCCUCUCUCUCUCUCCUGUUCCUCCCUUUCUUUUUCACAUACCCAAGGGGCAGGGCGUGAAGGAAGGAGGUAUAUCUCUGAACUCAUGUUCUAUGACUGAAAUAACCCUCCUCCCCCCACCCCUAGAAUAAUCCUCACCUUCCUGCUCCUUCCUCUCCCCCAUUUUUUAGUCAUUCAUUGUUCUUUCUCUCUUGGGUCUUGACCUUCUCACACCCAUUCUUCUUUGUUUUUUGCUGGGCCUCUUGCUUUGGUUCUGAUGAAGAUCGGUGCGGGGGCCAACACCGGCUCCUUCCUAUGGGAUUACUCGACCCCGGGGGCCCUGCUAGGCCUAGCCGGGCCCUCCCUCCCUCCAUCCUAAUCCUAAUCUGCCCGUCCCCUGUGUAACUGAUUUCGGAAACUGUCCCGUGUGUUAACUGUACCGGUCAUUGGUUUGACUCAUCAAUUGGAGCCAGUGGUACCUUUUAUGCAAAGUGAUCUGCAGAUUUCCCACGAAUUGAUCCACGCCCAUUAAAAAGUCUUAAGAGAUAUUUUUUGAUUAAGCUGUGUGUUGUAUAGCUGUACAGAAUUGCAGCAUAGGAACUGCUUGAGAAGUUGUCACUCCUCAAAUUUAUUCUUUUUGGCACUAGGGUAAAAAGUAGCAAGCUGUGGAUUCUGCUCUCUCAUCGUGUAUGUACAUAUGUAAAUAGGUAUAUAUAUAGACUAUAGAAUUACACCAUGUAUGCUUCUACUGAUUCUCCUGUGUUAAAAUUUAUAUUUAGAUUUGUGAGGAAACUAAUACAGUGCUAUUCUUAUCAGUGUACUCAUGAUAGAACCUAACAGAUACGUUGCUUUGGAAAUUUGGAACUCGGAACUUUGAACCUUUGUCUGAGUCAUAAAAAUACGCAAAUUGUAGCUAAUCUUUUAUUGAUAGAAAUCAUUACUGUAUAUCACCAUAGUCUAUUUUUAUUAAAUAGGCUACUCAAACUUUGUAGCUAUAAACCUAAUUUUAUUAAUAAUCCAAAAAACGGCAAUUUGGACCUAAUUAGAAAGUGCAUACAUUUUUUAUUUAUUUACAUUUUUCUGAAUGAUUCAUAUCAGUUUCAUUGACACUGACAAUCUUUGGCCUCAUUUGCUAACUGCUUGAUUUUGUUCUUGCCCUUUAUAUGAAAUUAGAAAUUUUUCAACAUUGUGUUCUUUAGCAAUAGUGCUAGGGACCUGUCUAAGCAUUUACAAGCUUCUGUUCGAUGGAAAGUGUGACUUGUUUCCGUUUCAGCGCUUGCUUUUUUUGCAUCGAUGAUUAUUGCAUGGGAUACACACGGUUUCAUACCCGCUCAGUGUGGCCAGUUGUUCCCUAGCGGUUCGUAUCUCUGUUGUAAUUGUUUUCUAACGCUUCAAGCCUAAUGCUUGUUUUCUGAUAACAAGUGAAGCGCUUGCACAUUGCAGCAAUACCAAUUCAGGAACCAUUUGUCAUUUUCAUCUUAUUUUCUACCUUUGUUUUACCCCUCAAGUAGUACUUUUGAAACCUUGAAAAGCAAUCAUGGAAUUUGACACCAAAGUAAAAGUAGCCUAUUUGUCAUAAGAUUUAAGAUUAUUUUGCUGUUUUGACCCGGGUGAAAAAUCACAUGGUAUAUGUUGAGUAUAUGUUUAUAUAUUUGAAAUCUUACUUAUUAAUUGCAAUAAAAGGAAUAUGUGAAUAUGCAUGGCAGGGCUAUAAUGGAUUUCCAUACGGACGUUAGUGGAGUGAAACUCUAAUUCUGAUGGGUUAUGUAGUGCCUGCAGGUACAGACUGUGUGAGCAAUGCAGUUUCACAAUCAACCAAGGGCCUGAUUUACUAAGACCUUUAGCGUAUGCAAAACCUUUUAGCGCACACAAAGCCAGUAACAUGGCCAGUGAUUGGUCAUUGUGUUUGUUUUGCACCAAUCAUUGGUUGUUUUGCUAGUUUUGCACGUGCUCAAGGUCUUUGUAAAUCAGGCCCCUAGCGUUCACGUUACAGGCACAUUACACUGUUUGCCCUUCGCUUGAAGUGUGUAAUUCCUUCUACAUAUGAAAUGGCGAAUUACUGGUCAGUAACAGAAGCCUCAGAGUCAGUCUGUAUUUUAAAAAAUAAGUUGGAUUUGUAGCUAAAGUGGGAUAUGAAGUUCGCAAGGGCCCCUGUUUUUCAGGAGUUGAAGAAUCCCUGGAAAAAUUUAAUUUGGGAAUUAACUGUGACUGGGAAUUGCAGAAUGGAAUCCACAGUGGCCGUGCGAUUUAACAUGGAGCUGCCACGCGUAAUGCGAGUUAAAUAGGGAGCGCCGUUUACUUGUUUUGCCCAUUAAAAAAGAGGGAGAAAAUAGGCAUGCAUAUUCAUGCGCAUUUAGCUGCGCUACGCAGGAAGCGUGACUUAAUUAACCGCAAACCGCGCAUCCUGCAUCUGCGCGCAGUGUGCAGCCCCACUGCGCUGCGAUUAUCGCAUUGUUUCUGGAAAGCGCGUUUGCAGAAACGGGCUCGACUCUUAAUUUUCAGAUUGGAUAAUGGCUCGACUACGGUGAAAAUGGGCCUCAGAAAUCAAGAGGCGCCGUGCUUCUGCCGCAUUUAAAAAUCUUUGCCGAACUUGCACCCAGGAGUAGGCAAUUAUGUUCAUUAAAUACGAUUUAAUUGUCGGUUUGGUUUCGCGUUUAUCGCCGAAUGUCUGCGUGGAAGUCUUGGAACAAUUGUUGUUUUGUCUAUAUUGAAAGACGUCCUAAUGGUAAUGUAGAUGGAGUUACGCAGUUAAACACAGGGAUUUAAAACAAAAUUCUGUGAGAAAACUUUAUUGACGGGAGGAAAAAGUGAUUGGACCAUUUUGAAAGGUGGGUUUAGUUCUAAAAACUGAAGAGUAGUGUCCCAAGACUCAUGUUCACUAUUUUAAAAAGUAAUUUGCUGGCCAUAAAGCAAACUAUGAUGUACUAUUUGUGUGUAUACUGUAUACUGCUGUAGCAAACUUUCUUCUUUCAGAAAUUCCCAAGUUAACUUUUGUAUGAAGAUUGAGAAAUGCUUCAUUGUAAUCUGACAUGUAACUCUACCUGACACAGAAUUGACUUGAUCAAAUUAUAUGAAGCCCAACUGGAGAGGAAAGAAACAAUGUCUUCAAUACAUUCGUUUUUGAAUUCCUGUGUGUCAACAUUGUGCAGUAUUUGCAAGACUAAUUAUUAAUACGUUGCACUGUACAGCUUGAUUACUUUUACUCUUUAAUUGUUCUGAUGUAAUUGGAUGAACAUAUCAAUGUGUACAGAGGUGAAGGUUUUGCUUUUAUUGCACUGAUUGUAAGCAUUUUCAAAAAAAAGAAAAGAAAACCACUGCGUAAUGUGUCCUUUCUUGUGGAUUGGCUCCUAAACACAGAAGGUCUGUUUGCUAACCUCCUUAUAAGUGGAUGAAGAGUUAGAGGAAGAGGAAGAAUCGAAGAGCACCUCAGUGAAUGUCCUUGUACUGUGCUCCUGUGUUACAGUGCCAAUAGACCCAUGAAUGUGUAUGAUGGUUGCAAAUAAAAUAGUUACCUGGA